CGUCUCCAUCCACCUCCCGCCCACCCAUCCAUCGCAUCUAUCACAUCCAUCGCCUCCGUCCCGCUUUCACACCGCCGCUGCUGCACACUCGACGCCAUGCCGUCCUCGUCCGUCUUUGUCUAUGCCCUCGUUGCGGGCAUGCUCUUCACCGGCACGGUGAACACCAUCCUGAACAAGUACCAGGUUCUGCAGUGCGUCGAGAAUUGCGACGACCCCGAUGCGUCCCAGCGAAAGUACUUUGAGCAGCCCAUCUGGCAGACGCUGAAUAUGUUCAUCGGCGAGGCUCUGUGUCUUCUGGUCUACUACAUCAGUCUGUACUCCGAGUCCGCCAAGUCUUCGCCCGCGGUCUCGUCGCAUUCGUCCAUCAUCCAUCCCGAUGACCACGAAGAGGCAGGAGUCGUGGGCACCUCUGCCGCUGGCGAGUCUACUCCCCUGAUCAGCGCCCACGAGGACGGCGCUGCCCCUGCGCCUGCCAUGACGGGCUGGCAGAACUUCUUGCUUUGGCUCCCAACCCUCUGUGACAUGACAUCAACCACCCUGAUGAGUGUCGGCCUCAUCUACAUCUCGGCAUCGGUCUACCAGAUGCUCCGUGGAUCCGUCGUUCUGUUUACCGGAACGUUCUCUGUUCUGUUCCUGGGCCACCGUCACCCCCUCCACCGAUGGAUUGCCCUCUGCUUGGUCUUCAUCGGCGUUGGCUUGGUCGGAGCAAGCAGCAUCCUCGAUGGCGAGCGCGUGUCCGGAUCCUGGCUGGGCUUCUUCCUCGUUGUCUUUGCCCAGAUCUUCACGGCAACUCAGUUUGUGAUCGAAGAGAAGAUUAUGAGCUCGUUUGAGGUCCCGGCGCUCAAGGCCGUCGGCUUGGAGGGCACCUUUGGCUUCGUCACAACCCUGGGUCUCAUGCCCAUCCUCUACUACACCAUCGGCAAGAGCGGUCCUCCCGGCAACUUUUUCGAUCUGCCCGUUGGAUACCAGCAGGUCUUUGGCACCCCGGCCGUUCUCACUGCCGCCGUCGGUAUCAUCUUUUCGAUUGCCUUCUUCAACUGGUUUGGUCUCUCGGUGACCAAGACCCUCAGCGCCACCUCGCGAUCCACGAUCGACACUUGCCGCACGCUGUUCAUCUGGAUUGUGAGCUUGGCUCUUGGCUGGGAGAGCUUCAAGUGGCUGCAGGUCUUGGGAUUCAUUGUCUUGAUCUACGGCACAUUUGUGUUCAAUGACGUCGUUCAGCUGCCCUUCCUCGGCAGCGGCCAUGAGAGCCACUCCGACUGAGCAGUGGCGUGAUCGUGGGAGAGCUUCUGCCAGGUCCCUCCCUCCCAGUAUACAGUUUGUCUGCAAAGAUCGCAAUGCCUUAUUUCCGUUUCGUUGGACUUGGCAUAUGCUUCUCCCUAUACACUCGCCAG